AUGGACUGUGGCGAAGAACAGAGGGGAAAGGUGGACAACGAGGCGGUGUGCACCUCGGCGUCGGAGGGUCUGGAGGAGGGCGAGGUGGAGGGCGAGACGCUGCUGAUCGUGGAGUCUGAGGACCAGGCCUCGGUGGAUUUAUCGCACGACCACAGCGGCGACUCGCUCAACAGCGACGUCGGAGAGGAAGGGGAGAGCGGCUGGGCGUGCGAUGACAUGGCUUUUUACUGCGACAAGUGCCACAAGUGGAUCCCCACCGCCCAGCUACACGACGAGCAGCCUAGCUACCUUAAAGGAGACAACUUUUUCAAGUUCACCUGCUACGCUUGUUCGGAGGACGGCAAGGAGACGUUUGAGAGAAUGAGACUCACCUGGCAACAGGUGGUGAUGCUGGCCAUGUAUAACCUGUCACUAGAGGGCACUGGCCGGCAAGGCUACUUCAGAUGGAAGGAGGACAUCUGUGCGUUUAUUGGAAGACACUGGACAUUCCUACUGGGAACUAGGAAGAAGACCUCCACCUGGUGGAGCACCGUGGCAGGCUGUCUGUCGGUGGGGAGCCCCACGUUCUUCCGCUCAGGGGCCCAAGAGUUUGGAGAGCCCGGCUGGUGGAAGCUGGUACAGAACCGCCCUCCCACUCUCCGCCCCGAUGGAGACAAGUCCUCUGUGAAGGCCAGAGCCUGUAAGCCGUCGGUGGAGCCCAUCAUCACGGUGGAGGGCCUCAGGAAGCGUGGUGUGAGGAACCCGGUAGAGAACGCCAUGCAGCUGAAGGAGAAGCGCUGCCGCACCCAGGAGGCCAAGGACAUCCGCAGGGCCCAGAAGGAGGCGGCGGGGGGCGGCUACACGGAGCGCAGCGCCUCCUCCACGCCCGUCAAGAUGGGGGGGGGGCGAGGGGGUGGGCGCAGGCCCGACCAGGUGCUAGAGAAGGGCGAGGUCAUCGACUUCUCCUCGCUCAGCUCCUCCGACCGCACGCCCCUCACCAGCCCCUCGCCCUCGCCCUCCCCGGACUUCUCCGCCCCUGGCACGCCGGCAUCCCACUCUGCCACGCCCAGCCUGCUGUCAGAGGCUGACCUCAUCCCGGACGUCAUGCCGCCACAGGCGCUGUUUCAUGAUGAUGAGGAGCUGGACGGAGAGGGGGUCAUUGACCCCGGCAUGGAGUACCUCCCCCCUCCCAGCGCCGCCCUGGCGGUGCGCAAGAAGCUCCGCCCCUCCGCCGCUCACAUCAAGCAAGAGGCGGAGAGUGAGGACGAGGAGAUCCGCGGCGUCCGAGACGACAUCGAUGACGACUGCGAGCCCCCGGGCGGCCGGGACGACGGCAGAGGGCGGCCAGGAGGGGCCGGAGACAGGAGGAGGGGCCUGCAGGAGAAAGGGGAGGGGCCCUGUGCGGAGGCUAGCGCCGGCCCCCGCUACGUUCCCCUCAGCCUGUACGAGGAGCGGAUCCUUCUGCGGCGCCUGGAGGCGUGUCCUCUGGCCCUCGCCGUCACCCCUCAGGCCAAGAGGCUCCACAGGAAGCUGCUGGUGCGCCAGGCCAAGCGCCAGAGAGGGCUCCCCCUGCUGGAUGUGGACCAGGCGCUCAGCGCCACGCUCAGCCUGGUGGGGGGGCUGUACGGAGCCCAGGGGGGCGGACGACACUCUGCCUCUGGAGGGGGGAGGUUCCGGACAACCAGCCACGACCUCCGAGUCCUCGACCGCUUCCAGACGACCAUGUCCAGUAGGAGGGGCUAUCACCUGCCCUCUGUGUCGUUCUGGCACAGGCUCAUGGGGUCUGACGCUGGCGUGGACCAGGGCAUUAAAAGCCCUUACACCUCCCGAAUCCUCAAACCCUACAUAAGGAGAGACUACGAGAACAAGCCCCUGAAGCUGCGGCUCCUGGCUGAGAUCCGGGCCCACCCCCACAGGACGGAGCCUGGCUGGGCCCCGGAGCCCGAGGCCCCCAUCGACUACUGCUACGUCCGGCCCAACCACAUCCCCUCCGUCAACUCCAUGUGCCACGACAGCUUCUGGCCAGGAGUGGAUCUCUCCGAGUGUCUCCAGUACCCAGACUUCAGUGUGGUGGUGCUGUACAAGAAGGUGGUGAUCGGUUUUGGCUUCAUGGUGCCGGACGUGAAGUAUAACGAGGCGUACAUUUCCUUCCUGCUGGUGCACCCCGAGUGGAGGAGGGCUGGGAUUGCCACCUUCAUGAUCUACCAUCUCAUCCAGACCUGCAUGGGAAAGGAUGUCACGCUGCACGUGUCAGCCAGUAACCCGGCCAUGCUGCUCUACCAGAAGUUUGGCUUCAAGACGGAGGAAUACAUCUUGGACUUCUAUGACAAGUACUACCCGGUGGACAGUAAGGAGUGCCGCCACGCCUUCUUCCUGCGUUUACGUCGUUGACCCAGGAAA